AUGAAGUGCGUGAUCCUCACACUGGGUUAUCUUGCCACCGGAGCCACCGCCAAUGCUUGCGGCAACGAGGGUUUUAGCCCCCAUUGCAUUCUCGAGCUUCCACCACCCCUCACAGAGGGCAGGUUCGACGGAGCCCCGAAUAGAAACACCACCUACUGCGAGCAUCUUUGCGAGACUGUGGCCAACGGACAAGAUCUCUACUGGGAAACAAAUAUGACUGGUAUUAACCGUUACGAAAGGCGCACCCUCAUUGACGACGGCCGCUGUCGCGUAUCGAUUAGCGCCGAAGAGUCACGCCACCCCCAACCCGAUCACAACCUGGUCAUUGUCAAGCAGAACCUCCUCUGGAUGCUGGCUGAAGCCGUCAACGUGUCCAUCAUGUACCCCGACGGCAGCGUAGGCGCGUUUGGAACAAUGACUUGUGAUGGCAAGCGAUUUACCUACUGGGUGGAAUAA